AUGUUCGACGACGCUCUCCGUUUCAUAACCUUGAGGUUUCUGGUUUAUCUAGUCAGCUUUGCAACGUUUGCUCUUCUGGGGCUGUUCGCUGGUGCGCAUGCCCGGGUGGCAUCGAGGACCACCGAGCGUAGAGCAGACAAGGUUGCAGAUCCCCCCAUCCCAACAAGCACACUCAUAACCGACUUUCAAAAAGACGGUGUGAAUUCCAGCUGGGCUGAGGGCCAUCCCAAGAUUUGGGCAGCCGCAGCAGUCGAUUUCAAGGGACCGGCCGUCGUUGACGUGAGCGCAGACGAGAAGUUUAUCGUCGUUGCAUCUGGAAGAAACGUGACGAUCCGCGACACCAGCACCCAGGAGAUUGUGUCUAGUGUCCUGACUGAUGCAUCUGGGAGCGCUAAUACCGUCUCGAUUUUCCCAGACGUGGACGAGGGGUAUAGUGUAUUUGUUGCGACCUCGGAUACCGCAAGUAACAAGGUCACUCGGUUCCGCUUCUCAUCUGGCGGAGCCGUGGUCGGCGAACAGACACAGUAUGACGGUCUUUUGUCAACAUUUGAUGGGCGACGCGGCCCGUUCAACGAGGAUGGUCGGCGCUUUCUGGCCGCCACAGAUCGCAGUGUUAGGCAGUUGACUAUCUACGACGUUGACAACCCAGACUCAAACGUCGUUCUUACUGGCCACACGGACAGGCUUAUAAGCGCAGCCUUCAGCCCAGAUGGAGCUCUCGUGUCAACUGCAUCGUGGGAUCAAUCCAUGAAGCUUUGGAAUGCCUCGACGGGGGAGUUGGUACAUUCGUUUGGCCCAUCAGGUGGGCAAAACUGGAAGACAAACUUCUCGCCCGACGGGAAGUAUGUCGUCUUGGGUACAUCAGCGGCAAAAGGUACCGUCAACAUCUGGUCCCUCGCAGAUGUGACCGCUCCACCUAUCGUGAUCAGCAACUUCGGUGACUGGGUCCGGACGGCCUCGUGGACAUCGGACAGCAAGUUCAUUGCCGCGGGUACCUACGGGAUCGUCCAGGUUUACUCCAUGGAUGAGCAAAAGGUCAUCCAGCGCUGGCAGACAGAAGAUCCUAGGUUCGAGUCAUGGGAGCUUUUCUGGAUCGAGGAGGAGUCUGGCUUGAAACUGGCAUAUCGUAUCACUGCUGGCUUGGAAGUGUAUGAUUUUGAAUCCAACCUCAAAUACCGGUGGGGCCCACACGCGUACGCACAGUAUAAUGGAGGCGGCUCUGGCGACGAUACAACCUUGAUUAAAUCUCGCGGGUGGAUUGGUGGAAGCGAUGCUGAUGCGGAUGUGAGAUUCUACGACUUUUCGGUCUAG